UCGUCGUCUCUGUCGCCCGCAGAUGAGGCGGCCGCCGCGCUGUCGAAGGAAGCCAGGAGCCUGGCCGCAGCCUUCUCCCGAGCCCCGCCGCCUUCCCCGCAGGAAACUCAGAGGUUCUGUGAAAAAAUCCAUGCUUCCAUCAAAACCAUUAUUGCAAUAUACUAUUCAUUUCCCAAGGAUCAAGGAAUCACACUGAGAAAACUGGUACGAAAUGCCACUUUGGACAUCAUGGAUGGCAUGGUUCAGCUUGUGAAAUUACUUGUCAUACCAGCUGAAAGGUAUUCUGUGAAUAGUGACUUUAUUUCCUGCAACAGUGUCUGUGAGGCAUGUGAGCAAGUGUCUCGGAUCCCAAGAGAUAACAAAGCUGCAGCUCUUUUAAUGCUGACAAAAAAUGUGGAUUUUGUGAAGGAUGCACAUGAGGAAAUGGAGCAGGCUGUGGAAGAAUGUAAUCCUUAUUCUGGCCUUAUGAACGACACAGAGGAAGACAACCCCAGUGAAGAAGAGGAUGUUCUGGGGUUUCCAAAUAACCAAGACUUAUAUUGGUCAGAGGAAGAUCAAGAGCUUCUGACCCCAAGCCUUGCACUGGCAAGAGCUGCUAAAGCCUGCCUGCAGAAAAUCCGGAUCUUAGUGGCAGAGAAUGGGAAGAAGGAUCAGGUGGCCCAGCUGGAUGAUAUUGUGGAGAUUUCUGAUGAGAUUAGCCCAAGUGUGGAUGAUUUGGCUUUGAGCAUUUAUCCACCGAUAAGCCUUCUGAGUGUGCGAGCCAGUUCGGAGGAACUUGUAUCUGUUUUAAAAAAGGCACUUGAAAUUACUAAAGCAAGUCAUGUGACCCCACAGCCAGAAGAUAGUUGGAUCCUUUUAUUCGUUAAUGCCAUCGAUCAUUGUCUGAAUAGAAUCAAGGAGCUCAUUCCAAAUGAACUUGAAUUUGAAUCAUGAGGUUUGGGGCUCCUUUGUUCUCUCUUCUUAUCUUUUCUUACUCAUAGGUAGGCAAUCUUAAGUUUACUUUUUAAAUGAGCAGGAAAGCUUUCUGGAUCAAAAAGACCCUCUCAU